UCAAACCUGACUGCAGUGCAACUUGUGGAUCUCAGCUCUUGAAGAUAGUGCUUCUCACCUCUUUGUAUGAGGAUAGUGUUUGACCCAUAUUGUGGGUAUACCCUGGACUUUUGUUGUACAUUUGAUCCUACAAAAACACAAGUGUGUAUGUGUAUCAUACACUCACCGUGACAAGGCUGAGACACUUCCCUGUGUUCAUAUCCGAAACCAGAAUGUCUGAAGAAAACUGGAAUAAGACAACGUUGAACAAUUUAAUCUCUAAAGAAGGGAACUCAAAGUGUGCAGAUUGUGGAGCUCCAGAUCCAAAAUGGGCUUCCUUCACACUGGGUGUGUUCAUCUGUGUGGACUGCUCUGGUGUGCACCGGAAUCUCUCAGAAAUCAGCAAAGUGAAAUCUUUGACCAUGGCAAACUGGGAUGAUGCACAGAUUCAGUUUCUUGAAAGCCACGGAAAUGAUGCCGUGAAGAAAAUAUAUGAGGCCAAUGUUCCCGUGUAUUACUACAGACCCACACACAAGGAUUGCCAUGUGUUACGUGAACAAUGGAUACGAUCAAAGUAUGAACGCAGACUCUUUGUUGAAGCAAAAUCUAAUGAAAUAGCUCAUGGUGUGAAGGAGGGAAACCUUUUGAAGCGGGGGAGAGAUAAUGGCCAGUACUUUCUCAGGAAGUUUGUCCUGUCAGAGUUAGACGGCACCCUCAGAUACUUCACAAAACAAGAUGCCAAAGAACCGAAAGCUGUGAUUAAAGUCGAUUCAAUAAAUGCCACAUUCCAACCAGAGAAGAUGAAACAACCCAACGGACUACAGAUUACAUAUGUCAAGGAUAAUAAAACCAGGAACAUAUUUGUGUACCACUCUGAUGGACAGGAAAUCGUGAGCUGGUUUAAUGCAAUACGUUCAGCACAAUUUCACUACUUGAAAGUUGCCUUCCCCACGGCGACAAACACUGAGAUCCUCAGUUGCUUGACUCGGAAUUUCUUGAAAGAAGGUUACAUGGAGAAAACGGGACCAAAGCAAACUGACGCAUUCAAGAAGAGGUGGUUUACCCUUGAUAACCGCAGAUUAAUGUACUUUAAAGAUCCUUUGGAUGCCUUCGCAAAAGGAGAGAUGUUUUUGGGGAGCAGUGAGAAGGGCUACCAAGUCAAGGCAGACAUGAUCCCGAGCACAAAUGGGAGCUGCACUUAUAAAUAUGGCAUCUCCAUUAACACACCGGAACGUACCUAUUUUUUCACCUGCGAGACUGAAUGUGAUCGGGAGAGCUGGCUCAAUGCAUUCAAAAGUGUGAUAAGUCAACCAAUGACUCUACGGGAAUUCACCGUUGAAGCUUUGUUUCGGCGCCGAUCAUAACACAUGGUCUUUGUAAACCCCACCAGAGAACCUGGACACUGAAAUUCCACCGUGAUGACAACUUUUCGAUUAAUUUAUCACCUUGCUUUGAAAAUGUUUUUUUUUAUAUAUGUCUUUUUCUCAAACAGAAUGUCAUGUUGGGCAGUUGUCUGUAAUAAUGACUGUAUUACUCUCUCCCCCAGGCUUUAAAAUGAUUAUAUACUGAG